AUCCAUACUAUGGGUGAGUGCCACUGAUACAUUGAAAUCUUCAGCCACGGCCGCAAUUGCCCUCUCGCUCUCCAGGCAUCUUCCUAAGCAGGAGAAGACAAUGCGGGUCUGAGUGGCAGAACAGAGAGGAGCGGAGCAGAGAAGACCCAGAACCAGCCAGUGCGCGCCCGGGAGAGGCUGCCGUGGGGGGUGGGGAGGAGGCGGAGGAGGCGAGCGCUCCAGCCCCGGGAGGAGGAGGACGCAUAGAGGAGCUGAGAACUCGCUCCUGGGCAGCACCUGCAGCGGACUGCUGGCCCGGCGGGCCCCGUGCCCCGCGCCAAUGAUCUCAGCCUCUGGUCCCGUCACUGAGACACAUGGAGCUCAAAUACUUGCAAUAACGAACGAACUUCUGAAUCCUGGGGCUGAUGCUUGCCCAUUCUACUGAGGAUGACACCACACCCCAGUUUCCCACUAGGAAGAAGACUCACCCAAGAUACUCCUGGACAGUGAUCCUGAUGUCUCUUCUGUGCAGAGCAUUCAAGUGUGAGAUAACUUUUGGGCUGGGGACUGUGAGGAGGCAACAUGGCCUCUGCGGAGCCCCUGACGGCACUGUCUCGCUGGUACCUCUAUGCCAUUCAUGGCUACUUCUGCGAGGUGAUGUUCACGGCUGCCUGGGAGUUCGUCGUGAACUUUAAUUGGAAAUUUCCGGGUGUCACCAGUGUCUGGGCCCUUUUCAUCUACGGUACCUCAAUCCUUAUUGUGGAGAAGAUGUACCUGCGCCUGCGGGGCCGUUGCCACAUCCUGGUCCGUUGCCUCAUUUACACCCUCUGGACAUACCUAUGGGAGUUCACCACGGGCUAUAUCCUUCGCCAGUUUAAUGCCUGCCCCUGGGACUACUCCCAGUUUGACUUUGACUUCAUGGGUCUCAUCACCCUGGAGUAUGCUGUGCCCUGGUUCUGUGGCUCCCUCAUCAUGGAACAGUUUAUCAUCCGCAACACCCUCCGUCUUCGUUUUGAACAGCAUGCUGAGCCUGGUGGACCUACUGCCUCACUGGCUCUGGCUAAUGGCCAUGUCAAGACAGACUAAGAAGUGGACCCGUGCAUGGACAGUGGCCCUGGGGCUUUCUUGAUCAACCCAUGAACAAAAACCAAAUGGGAGGAGCUGCUCUUCCUAUUAGACACAGCCUCUCCCUUCUAUGCCCACUGUAUCAAUACACACACACAUACACACACACACAUACACACAAAAUCUGCACCCACACACCAUCCCCGUCCUCACCAGAGUAGAGUGUGUGUGUGUGUGUGUGUGUGUUAGAAGUGAAGGGAACAGAGCUACAUGGGUAUGGGGGUGGGGGGCAUAUAUGUGAAUACCUUCCUAGCUCAGAGGAGAACAGCAGAAUUCCCGAUUGCAGUGAUGACUUUGAAAAAUAGCAUCCCAAUCCACUGACCGUGUGACUUUAAAAACUGGGUGACAGGUGGGAAGGCCCCAGGAAACCUCUUGGACCUCCCACACCCACCUCUUCCUUGGGCCCCUUCCCCCCACACCCACCACUGCCCUUUGGUCUGGGUGAAGUUAGCAGUUGGCUUGUUCCAUUAGGCAGUAUUCAGGUGCUUGCUUGCAACCAAUACCUCCCACGGGGCCAAAGGAGCUGAAGGACUAGAAGGAACUUGGCCAUGGCUGAGAGACAGCUUGGCAGCCACACUCUGCUUGCACAGGAGAUGGAGGCAGAGGCCCUGCUGCUGCCUCCUUCCCUGUAGCCCCGAAGCUGCUUUCUUGGUGUUUUUUGGGGCACACUGGUGCUGGAUCCCCACUAAACUUGGACUUUUGAAGAACUUAAUCCUCAAGUGCUCCGUGGAGUUCCCCCUUUUUUCCCUCUACCCUCUUCUUUUAUUUUUGAACUAAGGGUGGCCUGCCUUUCUUGUCUCCUCCCCUUACAAGCCAACACAAAAAUUCCCAGAGAUAGAAACCUGAGAAGUCUUUUCUACCUGCCCCUACCCCUUCCCCUCUUUGUUUUUUGCUCAUUUGCCAUACAUCCUAGGGAGACUACACAGGCAGCAUUUUCCCUCUCCAAUCAUCUACUGUGAAAGCAUCUGGCAUCAUGGCCACUGGGCUUGUGACAGUGUGCCCUGGUGCUGGCCCCCUACUCCCUUCUCAUAGCCAUCUAACAGCCUUGCUGGAGGCUGACCACCCACUAAACCCAUGCAAGAAUUGGGCCCAGCAGGGCCUUAAGGAGGUAGUGUCUUGUGACCUGGAAGAAUUUCUGAGAGGUUUCCCAAAUAAAGAUUGUUAGGAGAGGGGGGGGAAGGGGCAGAGUUUGAGAGAGGGAGAGAAAGAGAGGUUAAGAUUCUACUUGAAGGAAACCAGAGGUGGAGAGAGGUAAUAUUUUAGGCUUAGGAGAUGCUUUAGAAUGUUCAGAUGGGAACAGGCUCAGAACUUGGUGCUGGUGUUCAUUUAUCACAGCCCCCAACUCCAUGUUGCCUUCUCAGGGCUGCCACUCCUAGCCCUCUUGUCCCCACAAACAGGGCUCUCUCUUUGAAUUCACUCCUUAUUCAGUAUUACCACACUAUUUGGAGGCAUGGUUUUAGUCCCCCACCCCAGUUGCCCUCUCGCUCCUGUGAAGUGUCCAUUGCUGGCAGUGGACAGGUGAAUGCCUCAACCUAGCUCACUUCCAGCACUCCCAACCAGCACAAAGGAGUUAAUUAACCCUACUAUACCCUGUGGUACAGUGUUUCCUGACUAGUCCAGGACACUUAGGUAGAAAUUAGCAUCAUCCCUUUUUAUAAAUCAUUUAAAAAAAUGCCAAGACUACCAACUGUAGAAAGAAACUCCUCUUCCUUGCUGUCCUACCCAGUCUCACAGGUGGGACCAGAGUUUGGAGGUUGGGUGGGGGAAAGAAUAUGGAGGGGAGUGGAAUAAAAUAGCUUGGAGGGAUCAAUUUAGGGAACAAAUGUUUUUUGCUGUUGUCUUAGACUCAGAGUAAUGUGAUAAGAAGUUCUAAGUUUUUGCUUCCUGGAUAGGCUUUCCAAAUACAGGGAUUAAUCCUAACUGAAGAAUAGUUGCUCCCCCUCAUACAGUGUCCUCUCUUCCCCCAAGGACAUAGAAAAUCAUUUCUUCCCAGGUGAAGGUGGGCAUUGAUUGCUUUCUAUCAAUUAGUGAAGAGAAUUUGGGCGGUUAGGGAGUAGUGAGGUCAGACCUGUGAUUUCACCAACAUUGGAAACUGCCAGUGUUGAAACUUGAUGCAACUCAUCUAUACCUUAGUCUUAGAAAACUUCCUAAGGCAUUGAGAAAUUAAGUGAUUUGCCCAUUAUCUAGUGUGUCAGACUAAAACCUUUGCCUGACUCCCAGAUUAGCCCCCAUAGUCCCUGUGUCAGGCUGCCUAUGUUGACUAGAGAGAAGCAUUUAGUUCGUUUAGCCACAAACUUUACAAAUGCUGCCCUACCAACCACCCAGUCUUCAUAUAGUUAUGGCCUGGUGCUGAGUCACUGUUAAUGCCACCAUAGGAAUCACAGUGUAUCCUGUGCCCCAGGUCUCUCUUCAAAGACCCGGGUUCACAGGGACCAGAUUUCAUCCUGGGGGCUGACCCCAAAGGGGUCCUUAUUGCUCUUUGGCUUUCUACCCCAACUCUGGGGUAGACGUCCUGAAUAAAGCUUAGGUAUGGCUUGUG